AUGUGGAAACAAGAGAUAUUAAGUGAUGUGGAAACAAGAGAAAGAGAUGAUGUAGAAACAAGAGAAAUAGAUGAUGUGGAAGCAAGAGAAAUAGAUGAUGUGGAAACAAGAGAAAUAGAUGAUGUGGAAACAAGAGAAAUAGAUGAUGUGGAAGCAAGAGAAAUAGAUGAUAUAGGGUCAGAACCAUGCAGACCAGAAUCACGAGGACCACAGUUCAUACAUAAUCUCGUUGAUAUGUUUCUUGUGUAUCCGUACUUUUAUCCCACCUGUGCUUGUUCUGUAUUUUUUGCUACUGUUUCUAUAUUACGUUACGGUAUACGGAAAGCCUAUGUGCUUGUUCUUUUUGCUACUGUUUCUAUAUUUGGUUUCGACGGUUUUAUUGAACCUUAUAAAACACCUGAUAUCACUAUCAGCGACAUAUUGUAA